AUGUCCCUGUCGCGAUCACCCUCUCCCCACCCGGGCGGAGGGUGGUCCAGCCCGGGGUUAACCCCCGGCAGCGGCUCCUCGACUCCGCACGGCUAUUCGCCCGCAUCGCUGGCCCCCGGCGGUAUAUCCUGGGCCGCGGCCAAGGCUAAGAGCGACGAGGUGCGCAAGUAUCCCUCCUUCGCGACGCGCAAUAGCGGGUUCUUUUCGCGGCAGAAGCGUAAGAUCUCGGCGCGCUUGCCGAGCUUUCGCGGUCAUGCUUCGAAGCACGGGUAUCUUGAUAAGGACGUAUAUGGGCGUGGGCAUUUGCAUGCUGAUGGUGGUGGGUGGGGGCCUUUGGCGGCGUUGAAGACGUUAUUGCGACGGGGGAGGACGAGGGUGGUGGUUGGGUUGUUCUUGUUGUGGCUUGGGUACCUGUUUUUGUGGUCGACUAUCGUUCAGUUGUAUCGACGAUCACCGCUAGGUGGAGGUCCCAAGUUCGUGAUCAUCUUGGGAUCAAACGUGGAAGGCGGCGUGAUGGAAUGGAAAGGCGCACGCGAAUGGGCCAUCGAGCGCAACAGUGUGUGGAACAAACAACAAUACGCCAACCGCUGGGGUUACCAACUUGAGAUCGCCAAUAUGCUGGCCAAGAAGCGGUAUUCUCACGAAUGGCGCGAGAGCUGGGAGAAAGGCGAUGUGAUCCGAGAGGCUAUGCACAAGUAUCCCAACGCCGAAUGGUUCUGGUGGUUGGAUUUGAAUACCUGGAUUAUGGAGUACGGCACUUCUUUGCAGAGCCAUCUCUUCAAUGACCUCGGAUCGCAUGUGUACCGCGACAUCAACGAGUAUAAUCCUCUCAACAUUACACACCCACUUCCGGAGUUCUUCCUCGAUGACCUCGGUCGUUCACUCGAAGGCGAUGGGAAUCCGGACUCGCUUUCCUUACUACUGACCCAAGAUUGCUCCGGCUUCAAUCUGGGCUCAUUCUUCCUGCGUCGGUCUGUCUGGACCGAACGCUUGAUCGAUGCAUGGUGGGAUCCUGUCAUGUAUGAGCAGAUGCACAUGCAGUGGGAACACAAGGAGCAGGAUGCUUUGGAAUACAUCUAUCAAAGCCAAGCCUGGAUCCGUAGUGGUGUAGGCUUCUUGCCCCAGCGCAAGAUUAAUGCCUUCCCACCUGGUGCCUGCGGCGACGGUAAUAACCCCGCCGUGCAUUAUCAAGAGGAAGAACACGACUUUGUGGUCAAUAUGGCGGGUUGCGCAUUCGGGCGGGACUGCUGGGCUGAAAUCUACAAUUAUCGCGCUAUCAGCAACGAGCAUAAUCGUUCCGGAUGGCAGUGGUUUACGGAUCGCCUUGGCUCUGCUCGUGACUGGGCAUUUGGGAAGAACGAUCGGGAUUAG